AUGGGAGUGGAAAAAAUUGAAUUUGAUUUUGAUACUAAUCAAGUAGUAAUUAAAUGUAAAAAUAACCAAAAGUUAAAUAUUACUGAUAGUGGUUUACCACCCAAACAACAAGAAGAAUUAACCCAACAACUAAAAUCUACCCAUAAACCAAUUACUUUUAGCCAAGUUGAUAAAGAAGUUAACCGUAAUGAGAAGCCAAAAAAUGAUAACUCAGGAAUAAUCGGUGCUGCUAUUUUAAUAAUGGGAAUAAUAGCCAUUGUUAUUGGCGUUUACAAAAGACUGUGGACAGUGCUUUAUCCUAACCCUCUAGUUGCUCCGCGGGUAGCGGACAGCAAAGUUUCUAUCGAGAUAAUUAAUGACAAAAUUAAGUUAUUAAAAAAAACCAAUAAGCAAGCGAUUGAUAUUGGGGCUUACCAAAGAUAUUUUGAUUUUUUGGAAAAAUUGGGCUUGCAGGAGGAGUUUGACCUUGCUACUUCCCAAGAUAAAUUAAUUAUUCACGGAACCACACUUUUUUAUACUAUGCAUUUGGCACUGCAACGGGGCUAUCAAGUAGUGGCUUAUGAUGCUCGUAAUCACGGGCUCUCAGAAAAAUCCUACACCAGUUUAGGGCAAUUGGAAGCCUGUGAUUUGCAAGAUAUUAUCGAGUAUGGUUAUUUUGCGGGACCUAGUAAUUUGGAAGUAGCAUUUACCAUUUGCGAAGCACCCUUUGACCAUUUUGCUAAGCAGUGA